AUGUCUGGCUACAGCGGUGUCAGCGCGGAGACCAAAGAGUCGUGGACUUCGGUAGGGUGGGCAGCAGUGACCGAGGCUGCCUUCGCCCUUGGGAAGGAAGAAGUCAGCACACAGGGGAUGUCCCUGACCACCAGGUUGGACACCUUUCAUCCUGAUCCCAUGGCUGCUAUCUAUGAGUGCCGCAAGGCUGCUCUGCGUGAGCUAGGGGGAUCAUUGUCCACAGGCCCUGUGACAAAAAAGGAGUUGAGAAAUGCAUCUGUGAAGGAUGUGGAGGGCGCACUGAUGAGCCCCAAUUUUGUCCUGUUUGAGCUGGUGACCUCUGGGAACAUGCCAAGCUUGGUGUGUGCCAAUGCCGUCUUCGUUGUCCCCAACUCGAACUGGCAAACUUACCGCCUGCCGAUGUCGGAAUGCCCUUUCUGUCCAGCACACGACUUCGCGGAUCAGUUUCGAUUUCUGGCCAAGCACUGCACUAUCUACCCUCAUUUGUGUGGCAAUUGGAUCCAAAAGUCUCCAAAGGGGCCAUUGCCAGGCUUGGCGUACAACUUCCGCUACUACGUGGCCAUUGAUGACACCGGCAACGAGGAUGAUGUGACUGAAGCCAACCCUUUGCCCUUGUUGAUGCUGUUGGCCCGCAACGAUCCCUCGUCCGAAAGCCCCUUCAAGACAACGAAUGUCACGGGUGGUGCUAUCCCUUUGGCUUCAUCCCAGCAGGUAGCAAUGCACCUUGGCUUCUUUGCAUACAAGCUGACAAAGUUGAAGAUGGUGGAGCUCUGCUACACAGGUUUGAUUGGUGGCCAGGCCCCGCACUCCCAUCCUAUGGGGAGUUUUUGGGUGCUGCGGAUGGAUAUCUUGGCCACCAUGCUGCAGGAAGGCCGCAUGCAGAUUCAGUAUGCCCCCUAUGAGAUGACUUUGACUAUGGUUGGUCAAGCAAUGACUUCUGACAGCUUGUUCCUGGAUGCGAGUGUGCUCAACUUGCGCAAGCGAAAGCGGCAACUGGAAGCUGACAUCGCUGACUUGACUGAUCAGGUCGGGGCAAAGAAAUCUGAGUUGGCCAGUGUGAACGGUAAGCUGGAAGCCCAUGCGACCAUCACAGCAGAGUAG